AUGGGAAGGCAACCUUGCUGUGACAAACUUGGGGUCAAGAAAGGUCCGUGGACAGCUGAGGAGGAUAAAAAACUCAUCAACUUCAUUCUCACCAAUGGCCAGUGCUGUUGGAGAGCUGUCCCUAAGCUUGCAGGACUCCGACGAUGCGGCAAGAGUUGCCGGCUUCGUUGGACUAAUUAUCUUCGCCCUGACUUGAAGAGAGGGCUCCUUACUGAAGCAGAAGAACAGCUGGUUAUUGAUCUUCAUGCUCAUCUUGGCAAUAGGUGGUCCAAGAUUGCAGCUAGAUUGCCAGGAAGGACAGACAAUGAGAUUAAGAAUCACUGGAACACUCAUAUCAAGAAGAAGCUUCUCAAGAGGGGAAUUGAUCCUGUUACACAUGAACACUUACACAAAGAAGCCAAGCCUGAUGAAUCUUCACCGUCUCCUGCUGUUCUUUUGCCAGAAUCUGGUAACAACAAUGUUAUGCAAGAAAAUGAUGGAAUCGUUAUUAAUUCGGAAGAUAAUUCAAGAUCACCGACUGAAAACUCUUCUAGCACUGAGGAUUCGCUCUUGUUAGAUAGUAUUUGCAAUGAUGAAAUGUUGCUGAGUAGCUUGUGGAUGGAUGAGGCUCCGCUAGUGGAUGCGUCAUGGAACAAAAAUAUUCCUCCGGCCGCUGAAAAUACUAACAACGACAUGGGUUAUCCAUCAUGGGAGGAAAAUUACACUUGGUUAUCGGACUGUCAAGAUUUUGGCGUUCACGAUUUCGGAUUUGAUUGUUUCGACAACAUGGAAUUAAGCGCACUUAACAAUUUAGAGAUGGAGCACAAGCAGUAG